CGGAAUUCGCAAAACGUGGGCCCCAACUAGCGAUUUUUAAGCCUUAUAUGCAGGAUGGGCCAUAUAAAAGGCUCAAAUUUCACACUUUAUGAUGUGACUAGAACUAAAAGCUAAUCAAGAGGGUGAAAUGAAAAAGUCUAUGGAAUUUGAUGAGGAUGAGUUCCCAGAGGGAGGAUUUGGAUGGUUUGUCGUCUUAGCGUCUUGGUGUGGAAUGGCAUGCACAUUCGGUAUGGUAAACAGUUUUGGAGUGUAUCAGUCUUUCUACCAAACUGAGUUGUAUUCUGGAGAAAAAACGUUCAAGAUCAAUAUCAUAGGUUCUUUACAACCUGCAUGUAUGUAUUUUUUUUGCACUGCGACAGUCUAUCUCCAUCACUAUUUUGGCGUUCAACUUACUGUUGCAUUGGGUGCCUUCAUACAAGUAUUUUCAUUGAUGAUGAUGUCUAUUACGAACAGUAUAUGGCAGUUGUUCCUUACGCAGGGGGUGUUGUUUGGAUUUGGAAGUGGCAUCAUAUAUUUCUCUGCCUUAACGAUCCCUAUGCAUUGGUUCAAAAGAAAAAAGGCUUUCGCAAUUGGAAUUGCCAGCUCUGGUUCCAGUAUCGGUGGAGUAAUUUGGCCAAUUGCUGUUAGGAGGCUCAUAUCAGAGGUGGGAGUUAACUGGACCAACAGAAUUUUGGGGUUCAUUUAUAUCCCAGUGGCAGUAAUACUGCUUCUCUUCUUAAGACCCAGGUUGCCUGUUAAGCUUCAAGAAACUGAUUACUUCCUGUCCUUGUAUCGCUUCCGAUUUUAUUAUGAUCUUACAAUACUAAAAAGCCGGAAAUAUUUGAUUCUGCUGUUUGCUUUUAUUAUCUCACAAAUGGCACUGUUUCCUGGUCUGUUCCUUACUGAUCUGUAUGGCCAGCGUUUAGCACACAAAUUACACAGAUCCUUAUUCGACCCAGCUUAUUAUGUCACUCUUUUGAAUGCUGCCAGUUUGUUUGGCAGAAUCUUGCCCGGCUUUUUAGCUGAUGUGUUUGGUCGACUCAACGUUCUUAUACCCUUCAUGUUAUUAUCGGGUAUUCUUCCUCUAUCUCUUUGGCUCAAUUCGUCUAGCUCUGACAUCGUGUUUCUGAUCUUUGAUGUGACAUGGGGAUUUUCUUCGGGAGUUGUUAUCUCCCUAUUUCCAACUCUCGUCCCCCAGUUAUUUGGUAUUGAGAAAAAUCAGAGCCGAAUGGGAAUACUUUUCACACUCGCUGGAAUUGGAGCUCUCUUUGGGCCAAUUAUAUGUGGUGCAUUUCUACCUUUAGCAGGUAGUGUGGAGCAAUACAUCACGGAUUUUAAGAGAGUUGCAAUAUUUAUUGGCGUACUAUUUUUGGUGGCUGGUGGAUCAUUGUGCUCACUCAGGCUAUUGAUCUCAAAGAGUCUCUUUCAAAUCUUGUAGUCCUACUGCUAUU